AUGAUUGAAGAAAAGGACGAUUUUUUUGGCAUACAUGAUGCAACAGAAACGCCACUCCCAAGGCACAUGGAAGCUGCAAUAAAUCUUCGAUCGCGAUUCGCAAAUUGUGGCUAUCCAGGCAGCCGUAUUUCAGGUUCUGCGAUGGGCAGUACUGCCUUGAAUCUGAGAUGGAACAGGCAUUCAUCACAGCCAGAACUUGAUCGCGCUCCUCAUGGAGAUAUUCCGAAAGACGGGCGCGCAGAAGGUGCAGCGGAUGUCGAACCUGGUAGUGCGAAUGGUCUUUCGAGGAUAUGGGAAAGUAUUGAUCCCGUAUGGAAAAUGAGCAACGACCAGUUGGUAGAUUUGAUGGCCUCUCGAAUCAUUCAUGAAGACGGUACAUCUCAAAUUCUGUUGGCAUUUGUAUUCUUUUUGUGGUUACGCUUUGGCAUGUUUAUUGCAUACCAGAACUAUUAUGGAAGUGAAUUUCUGUCCGAACAACAAGUGUGA